AUGCCCGGUAUUGUCCUGGAACGUUCCGCCACCCAGGCCCUUCCUUCACGAGCAGGUGACCCAACACCGCGGCAAAGGAACCUCGAUCCCUCCCUGCACCCCUUCGCGCGUGCACGAGAGUACACCCGCGCACUGACAGCAGCCAAAUUAGAGAGGAUAUACGCUAAGCCGUUUGUGUGCUCCAUGGAAGGGCAUGGGGAUGGGGUGUAUGUGCUUGCUCGGGAUCCGGGGAGGUUGGGAGUUGUGGGCAGUGGGAGCGGGUAUGGGGAGAUCAUGCUUCACCAUCUACCCUCGCGCACCCAAGUCCGGAAGAUCAAAGCGCACACCUCAACUGUCUCUGGGCUAACCUUCACCCGCACACGGCAGCUCCUAUCCUGCAGCCCGGAUCGGACGAUCAAGCUCUGGUCCGCGGAUGCAGGCACAGAUACUCGUGCAGAUGACGAGGACGAGUAUUACAAUAGUUUAGCUAUUGCACCUCAGCCGAGGGCGGGUGGCUCAACUGGAGAGGCACCUUUGAGAGUGUUCCAGGGGAAGAUGGCGUUUAAUGCGGUAGACCAUCAUAGGACGGAAUCUCAAUUUGUGAGCGCAUCGAAUACCGUGCAGUUAUGGGAUGAGACAAAAAUGGACCCCAUUCUUUCCAUGAAUUAUGGAACCGGCGUAGAGACAGUCCUGACAGUGAGAUUCAACCAAUCGGAAACAUCAGUACUGGCAUCGACAGGUACAGACCGGACGAUGUGCCUAUAUGACGUCCGGACUGGAAAGGCCGAGCGACGUCUUGUACUUCAACUUCGGGCGAACGCACUGAGCUGGCAUCCCACACAGCCUACGGUGAUGCUCCUCGCCUCGGAAGAUCAUAAUCUGUACACGUUCGACAUCCGCAAGCUAGAAAGCCCGACACAGAUAUAUAAGGGUCAUGUGGCUGCGGUGAUGUGCUGCGAUUGGGCGCCAACGGGGACAGAAUUCGUGAGUGGGGGAUGGGAUAGGACGGUCAGACUUUGGAGAGAGGGCGAAGGUGGGAGCAGGGAUGUGUAUCAUGGCAAGCGAAUGCAGAGGGUGUUCGCAGCACAGUAUACUGCUGACGCGCGGUUUAUCCUGUCUGGAUCUGAUGACGGGAACGUGCGUUUAUGGAAGGCGCAAGCUUCUGACAAGCUCGGCGUACUAGACGGUCGCGAACGUGCUGCACGAGAGUACCGAGCGAAGUUGCGAGAGAAAUGGGCCCACGCGCCCGAGGUGCGCAAGGUGGAGAGGCAACGGUACCUGCCUAAGCCGGUGUACUCGGCUGGGAAGUUGAAGCGGACUAUGCUCGAUGCUAGGAAGGUGAGGGAGGAGAAUGCGCGGUUGAGUACUAGGAAAGGGAGGGAGGGGAAGCCUAAGGCUGAGAGGAAGAAGGUUGUUUUGGCAGAGCAGGAGUAA